CUCCUCUCUUCUAUGGUCUUUUAACCGUUGUUGCUUUUUGAUUUUAAGAAACUGUGAGCUGCUUUUGUUGUAUCGGAAGCAACGUCCGUGCAGUUUUGCGUUUUUGUCGCUAAACGUUGAGUGUUUUCCGGUCUAUUUGUUGGAUUUUCUGAUCGACGUUGCUAAAAGCCACCUUGUUUUAUACAGAUUAUCUCUGGUAUUUCGAAAUCACUGUUGUAUCUGUUGCUUUUGUGUGGAGCUUAUGAACAGUAAGCGAUUUUCAUGUAUUUGAGACUCGGAAAUUAUAGGUGGCUUGGUUUUUUGGUUGAAGAUUUGUACACAGUAACUGUAUUUAGUACUUGCUUCAUAAAAUGGCUUGGUUAUUCAGUAAUCACUUCAAUUCCUAGCAAGUUUAUGCUUGAGAAUGGUAGAAACUGCAUAGGUUAGUAAGAUGAGAAUGUUGCCUUGUGUUGUUUUGUGGGGUUAUUUUUGACAGUGCUUUACUGAACCUUAUACUAUCCUAGUUAGGCAUUACUUUAAUCAUGUGCUUGCAAAGUUUCUUUUUGAAGUUGAGAACGCCUUAGGUCUAAAACUCAAAAGGAUGAUGAACUUAUCCAUGAUCUUACACUCUCUGGUGUUACUUUGGUUGCAUCUUAUUAUGUUUAUCUUCUGCUUUCUUCUACAGUAUGGGAAUAUCACAGCAGGAUAACUUCUCUAUGUUGCAAUCGAAUAGUGCCGGUGGAGUAGAGAAACCUGAUUUUAAGUGGGGUGCUAAGAGAGGGGUGGGUCGGAAAGAUAAUAAAGUCCGGUUCUAUGAAUCAUUUACCUAUGACGGCAUCGAGUACUGGCUUUUUGACUGUGCUUACUUUUACAUACAUGGUCAAUGUGAGACUUCAAUUGGGAAGCUUGUCAGCAUGUACGAGACAUCAGCAGGUGAGAAGAAAGUCAAGGUCAUUUGGUUUUUUCGACCUAUCGACAUCCAUCGCUUCUUGGGAGACUAUGAGCCACAAUGGGAUGAGUUGUUUCUGGCUUGUGGUGAUGAAAAAGGGGUUUCCAAUAUCAAUGAUGUCGAGACCAUCAUGGGGAAAUGCAAUGUUGUAUGCACAUCUGAGGACCGAAGAAAUCCACGACCAGGAAGCAAUGAGUUGAGGAGAGCUAACUAUGUCUUCUCCCGCACCUUCGAUACAAUACUGAGAAUUAUAUCAGAAGACUUUGCAGAUGCUAUAGCUGGAAUUGGAGUGGAUAAACUCUUCAACAUGAGAAGAGAUAAACAGCCUGUAAAACGUGUAAACUCAAGCGCAGCUGCCAGUACUAGGGCUUCUCCAGUUAAACAUUUUCGUCCAGAUUUGGGAUCAACAAAGUUAGGAAAAAAUGAUAACAGAGAUGGAAAGCUGAUGAGUAGAACAAGCUCGUUAAAGAAAGUCUCUUUUCUGGAGGACCGUGCUGGUCAUGUACAUGUGAAGAAAAACCCUCCUAUCAAUACUGAUACCACGUCAAGAGGUCCGAUACUCAAAACCAGAGCAUUUGGGGAGUUAUAUGCUUCAGGUUCAUCAGUCGAUGCUAAGCCUUCUAAAAAGAGGAAGCUUAUACUCAACACACCAGAAACAGAUGAUUCAGAUGAUCCAGGCCCUCAAUCAGGAGAGAAGAAAAUCAUGAAAAAUCCUCCUCUUAUAGAAAAAGCUCCUAGUCAGAACAUCGAGAAAAAAAGCUGGUACAAGAAAUUGCCUUUUGAGGACGAACUAAAACCGGCUAUAGAAAAAGGUAGGGUGCUCUUAAUUGAGAACCUUGAACCAUCAUACACAUCGCUGGAGGUAGAGGAUCUAUGUAGGCAAGCUUUCAAAGAAGCAGUUGAUGCUAAGAUGAUCCCUUCAAGUCUUGUGUCUAGCCCACAUAGUGGCAGGGCUCUUGUGAUUUUUGGAACCACAAAGGCAGCUGAUUCUGCCAUGUCGCAGUUAACUGAAAAGUGCCUGAUGUUACCUGGCCAGAGACCUCUAUUGGGUAGCAAAAAGGUCCCACUCGAAAUUGGAAGAUGUAGAAGCUUUACUGGCCAUUUUAGCAUGGUGGAUAGAUCAAUGAUGACAACUCAGAAGAGAAAGGCCGUUUCAACAUCACACUGCACGCAGCCCAACCACAUUGUAGAACCUAUGGCCUAUGAGUGGUUCGCUCAACAGGCAAAGUCAGAAUCGAUGUGGAAGAAGUUAUUCGAGAUACAAGCCAAGGAGAUUGACAUCAUGAGGCACAAAAAUCAUCAAGGAACCAAAGGAAAGGGACAAUGUGCAUAAAACAACUUCUCUUAACAAACACAGAAGACCACUCGUCGGUUUUGGUUUAGGUUUCAGGAAUCUAGCUGAUGUAAAACCCCUUUUGUCUUUAGGUGGCAACUAGGCAAUGACCUUAUACACUAACUCGCAG